ACAGACGAUAAUUUGACGCAAGCUUGCUCAUAAGAAGAAGCAUGGCGUCUAUCGCAAUCACCUGUAGUUGAUACGCCUUGAACAAGACUGUCAUUGCAAUAAGGGAUGAAGCAUAUAAGCAUACUUUGAUGUAAUCUUUGUUGAAUAAAGAGAAUUUGUAGAGGCCCGAAAGAAAAUUACGUUAACUAAAUGGAAUAAAAACAAAAAAAUAUUACAUUGCCCUUGCAUUGUUCUGGUAAAGUAAAGCAUUGCACAAACACGAACGAUAUAUUUAAGGGUAAACUGUGCAAAGACGCGCAGGGAGCAUAAAUAAAAACACUUCGAUGGUGCGUAACAAAACGCAAUCGACUUCAUCGUCCUCCUCAGGCAAUGCUAGCGGCAGCGCGAGCAAUAGUAGCAGCAGCACCAAGUCUCCUAUCCGCCAGAACAGCACCAAUAGCAACAAUAUAAGCAGUGGCGCGCGUACACACCGCAAAUCAUCUAGUACGUGUAGUGUUGUGUUAGCCGACGACUCAAAACCAGCAUCGUCUUCCAGCCGCCGCACACCAUCUCACGCUAACACCAAUAGGUCUUCGCAUACAGACGAGGAAACAGACGGGGAAUAUGACAAAACCCCUACUGACGGCGCCCCAUCGAUCAGUUCUGUGCACAAGCAAAAUCUUUAUAUCGUUUCAUUUCCCAUAAUUUUCCUAUUCAACAUUUUACGUUCGUUGAUUUAUCAAUUAUUUUGCAUAUUUCGCUACGUAUAUGGAGCGAGCACAAAAGUGAUCUAUCGGCCACACAAACGAGAGUGCAACAUUGAGAUUGUUGUCGGCUCAAAUAAAUCAUUUCAAACAUCUCAAAAUCAAAAUUCUAUAACAACCGAGGCUGAUAAAAAUCAAGUUGUACAAUAUCAUUCACGUAAUUCAUCGUUGGCUACUUAUCCGCUUGGUGGAGUAGGAAACAUCGCUGCAGUCGGAGGUCAACAGCGUUUUCGUUCUACGCAGCAACUUGAAAUGUCGGGAAGAGGCAGUACAUCUAAUUCACCGGGUCCUGGAGAUCCCUUAUUGGCGAAGCAAAAACAUCACCACCGUAGGGCGUUUGAGUACAUUUCAAAAGCUCUUAAAAUUGAUGAAGAAAACGAAGGACACAAAGAACUUGCCAUCGAGUUGUAUCGUAAAGGCAUUAAGGAAUUGGAAGAUGGAAUUGCUGUUGAUUGCUGGAGUGGACGUGGUGACGUAUGGGAGCGAGCACAACGUCUUCACGACAAAAUGCAAACAAACCUUUCAAUGGCUCGCGAUCGUUUACACUUUUUAGAAUUACGUGAAGAAGAAUUGAAUUUAAAUGCUCUAAAACUCACAGAAACAGAAGCAAAGCAAUCUGACCAUAUACCACACACUAAUAAGGUGUUGAUGGUGUCACCAAUGGUGGUAAAUGGCGCAGUAUAUGGCACUACUGCCACCAAACGUUUGCCCUCAGCAAAGACUGAGUCGCGGUUACCUUGCUCUAGUUAUCAAAAUAAUCUCAAAUCAAAUAGUAAAAUAAGUUCGGAUAGGUUUAAACCAAAUAGCUGCGGUACCAGCGCUGCCGGAAGUAAAUCAUCCCUAACAGCUUCGGGUCGCAAAUUGACAGUAAGCUCAAAACGUCCAGGAAAUCUGGCGGUUAUCAAUAAGUCUCAAACUUUACCACGCAACUUAGGGUCGAAGAAUGCGAGCAGCACUGCAAUACAGAGACAACCGGUCAAAACUGCGGCCACUCCACCGGCAGUGCGCAGACAAUUUACAUCUGGUAGAAAUACGCCGCCCCAACGUGCUCGAACACCUAUAAAUUCAAGUUCCAACUAUGGUGGCCAAGGUAGUGGCAGUGGUUCCGCGCCUGCCGUAACUGUUAAAGGAGUAGAACAAAAAUUGGUGCAAAUAAUUUUGGAUGAAAUCGUAGAGGGAGGCGCCAAAGUGGAAUGGUCUGACAUAGCUGGACAGGAAGUGGCUAAACAAGCAUUGCAGGAAAUGGUUAUUUUACCCUCCGUACGUCCUGAGCUUUUCACAGGACUACGCGCACCCGCUAAAGGUCUUCUUUUGUUCGGUCCCCCAGGCAAUGGUAAAACGCUAUUGGCACGGGCUGUAGCAACAGAAUGUAGUGCGACAUUUUUAAAUAUUUCCGCCGCCUCUCUAACCAGCAAAUAUGUAGGAGAUGGUGAAAAGUUAGUACGCGCACUUUUUGCAGUGGCACGUGAAAUGCAGCCAUCUAUUAUUUUCAUAGAUGAAGUUGAUUCGCUGCUAUCAGAGCGUAGUAGUAACGAACAUGAGGCCUCACGACGUCUUAAAACGGAAUUUUUAGUUGAAUUCGAUGGUCUGCCGGGAAAUCCCGAAGGUGAUCGUAUUGUCGUGUUGGCUGCCACAAAUAGGCCACAAGAGCUCGAUGAAGCAGCUUUGCGACGUUUUACCAAGCGUGUUUAUGUCUCACUGCCAGACAUGGAUACACGCGAGCUAUUGUUAAGCCGAUUAUUGGAAAAACAAGGCAGUCCGCUGGGUACAGAGGCCUUACGUCGUUUGGCAAAACUAACAGAAGGAUACUCAGGCUCAGACCUAACAGCUUUAGCAAAGGAUGCAGCCCUCGAACCAAUCCGGGAGCUCAACAUGGAACAAGUCAAAUGCUUGGAUAUUAGUGCAAUGCGUCCAAUAACCGAAAAUGAUUUUCAUAACUCGCUAAAGCGAAUUCGACGUUCUGUUGCAUCGCAGAGUUUGAACUCAUAUGAAAAAUGGUCACAAGAGUAUGGUGAUAUAACGAUUUAAGUAUUUGAUGGUUACAAAGAUAAGUUAAGAAGUUUACGGCAGAAUACAUAUACCGUUAUCGCUCGCAUCCUAAUCGCUUGAACAAGUUCACUUGAGGCAAAUUAAAUGUAGGCUGACACAUCGUACACAGCUGAACUAUUAGCUUGUUUCCAAUGGUGUUGCUGUUGCUAUACAGAGGAAUUACUUUGAAAGAGUUUGUUUUGCUGAAGCAUUUUUAUUUAUUUUUUGUCUUCACACCUUUUACCAACUGAUCAUAUAUGUAUGUAGAUUUCGCUUUGCGAUUAUAAUUAUGAUCUUUCACAUAAACUAACCAAAAAAAACUUAUGUCUAUAUAAAAUGCUUAAGGAAAUUAGCAAAAUAAACUGGGUUGGGUGAAUUCAAAUGAUAUCUGGUAUUCAAGAAUUCCGUGCGCUUCACCUAAAACGAUUAGAAGCCGUUGAAUCUUUUUGAAAGUCAGUAAGCCUGCAGUUGUACACAUGCGCAAUGAUUAAACCCUGAUAAGCGAAAUCGGAACUAUUUUAUAUUGUCACAGAAAAUAGCAACAAAUAAAGCGGCUGCACUAAUUUAUUUUAUGUAUUUUGCAUACAGGUAGUCCUAAUAAUUCCAUCAAAG